CUGUGUGCAAUAAUGUUUUUUCUGUCUGCUGAGGCUUACUUCUCCAGCCUAUUGUUUGAGACAACAGAUAUAAGUUGCGAUGGGAGAGGAGCGUCGUCGGAUUUGGUGUGUAUCCCCCAUUUCCAAUUAUAGAUGGAUCAUUACAGACAGCGGAGUCCUGAGAAACCAGACAUCUGCUCCUCACAUGAAUGCACUCACCUCCUAGAGACCAGGCUGCCAUCAUGCUCUGGAAACUCGUGGAGAAUGUCAAGUACGAAGACAUCUAUGAGGACCGGCACGAUGGCGUCCCAAGCCAUAGCUCGAGACUGUCUCAGCUGGGCUCUGUGUCCCAAGGACCCUACUCGAGCGCCCCGCCGCUGUCCCACACACCAUCAUCGGACUUCCAACCACCCUACUUUCCGCCUCCCUACCAGCCGCUACCCUACCACCAGAGUCAAGACCCCUACUCCCACGUUAAUGACCCUUAUUCCCUGAACCCUCUGCAUCAGCCCCAACAGCACCCCUGGGGGCAACGGCAGCGACAAGAAGUGGGUUCAGAAGCCGGCUCUCUCCUGCCCCAGCCCCGGGCAGCCUUGCCCCAGCUCUCUGGCCUUGACCCACGGAGGGACUACCACUCUGUCCGACGGCCUGAUGUGUUGCUACAUUCCGCACAUCACGGCCUGGACGCCGGCAUGGGCGACAGCCUCUCGUUACACGGCCUGGGGCAUCCGGGAAUGGAAGACGUGCAGUCAGUUGAAGAUGCCAAUAACAGCGGCAUGAACCUAUUGGACCAGUCAGUCAUUAAAAAAGUUCCUGUCCCUCCCAAAUCUGUGACUUCUCUAAUGAUGAAUAAAGAUGGCUUCUUGGGAGGAAUGUCAGUCAACACCGGCGAGGUAUUUUGCUCAGUCCCAGGCCGUUUAUCUCUACUCAGUUCAACUUCAAAAUACAAAGUCACUGUGGGAGAAGUUCAGAGACGGCUCUCGCCCCCUGAAUGCCUCAAUGCGUCUCUCCUUGGCGGCGUCCUCAGAAGAGCCAAAUCGAAAAAUGGGGGGAGAUCCUUGAGAGAAAGGCUAGAAAAAAUCGGUUUGAAUUUACCCGCGGGCAGACGCAAAGCAGCAAAUGUCACGUUACUCACCUCCUUGGUGGAAGGGGAAGCUGUUCACUUAGCUCGGGACUUUGGGUAUAUUUGUGAAACAGAGUUUCCCGCUAAAGCAGUGUCUGAGUAUUUGAACAGACAGCACACGGACCCCAGUGACCUGCACUCCAGAAAGAAUAUGCUGCUGGCCACCAAGCAACUUUGUAAAGAAUUUACGGAUCUGCUGGCGCAGGACCGGACACCGAUCGGGAACAGCCGGCCCAGCCCCAUCCUGGAGCCAGGCAUUCAAAGCUGCCUCACGCACUUCAGUCUCAUCACACACGGCUUCGGUGCCCCAGCCAUUUGCGCCGCGCUCACUGCCCUGCAGAACUAUCUCACCGAGGCGCUCAAAGGCAUGGACAAGAUGUUUUUGAACAACAACACUAACAGGCACACGUCUGGGGAAGGCCCAGCUUUACCCGCAUGGUUUAUGAGCUUCUUCAAAGAAGACUUGGGCUUCCUACACAAUCUAGAAGGUACUGAGAAAAAGAAAUCCGAUCCGUUGAAAGUCAAAGCCUGUGUGUCAGAUUCGGGCAGGUUCACUUCUUUAAAGAAGCUCAAAAGGAAUCCUUUAGGAAGUGGCCAGUGUUGGGGAGUAGCUUUGAAUCUUCUUGCUAACACACCUCGACAGGGGAAUUCUUGCAGGGGUGGGGCACUGCAAAACGCAUUUUAAGGGGGGGGGUCGAGUAAGGCAUCUUGGGAACCUAUAUUCUAACAGUAUUGUCUUCACUGAAAAAAUGAAUUCCAUUUCCUUGGAAUCCUGGGGGACUGUUGUUCUAUUGGGGAAAGAAGCAGCUUUGCUGAUGUAAUUGGGGAAGGCAGCCUACACACUACUGUGACACUUUAUGAAUGAAAUAGUUAUCCUUCUCAGAUAUACCCUUGUUUUGACAUGAAAUGGUACACACACACACACACACACACACACACACACACACACUACAAAGCAAAGUGUAAGAGCGUGUAAUUCAGCGUUGGCUUCCUGUGUGUAUAUAUUGGGACUAUUCCCAAUGGAUAGGUUUUAAUGCAUUUAACAUAUUUCACUUCUCUCAGCCCAACUUUUUAACCCAUAUUCUAUCUUAACAGUGCCAUGCAAUAAACCCUACACCUUUAGAAAAAGCAAUGAGGGCCUUGGAGCAGAGUGUUUGGUUGGUGAGAUAGGUACACUCUUUUGGUGUGGGUGCUCCUGUGUCUUUUCAAGAACUUAGUUGGGAUCUUUGCAAAAAUCUAUUGAGAUAAAAAUUCAAAUGUUUUCUGUGAUUUACAAAUAGCCCUUUUCCCCCUAGGAGCCUGGACUCUGUUUUUCCAUUCUUUUCCAACCCACCUUAAGGCAA